GUCUGACACGUGGCUUCAAUUCCCGUCGCUCGAUUCGGCAGGUCCUGUGUCUCCUCUCGUCCUCGUGCUCGAAAGUGUGCGGCAUGCGCCACGCGGUGUGGGGUGGGACAUGCACACUGCGUGCCGCAGCGGGCAUCCUUCCAGACGAGAGUCAGCGCAACGGCGUUGCCGCAGUGCUCCGCGUCCAGGGUCGGGGCGGCACGUUACUCGACAUGUCCUCCAGUCCGAAGACGACGACGUUCUCGUGCACAUUUACCUUCGCUUCUUGUGCACAGGCCGGUGCUCGUCUGACUGGUAACACAUGAUAGCUUCCCAGGAGUCACAUUUACCUUUUACCUCAGAACUUCUUCGCGCUGCCAUGCCAGCGUCUGCGGAUUCACCCUCCCAACGUUGAUCAAGCGCGAUAGGUCUGUGCGACUGCAUGGCGUGCAACAUGAGGCGGACGGGUGAUGUAACAUCGUAUGCGAUGAUCGUAUGCGAUGAUCAAGACCACCUGUGUCGUGUAUGCAGACGUUAUGUGGCUCCUAUUCUUCUGCAGAGGUCAUGCAGACAGGGCCUUCACCGUGCAACCAGACCUAUUGAUGUACAAGCAGCUUACAGCCCGUCUCGGCGCAGUGAGUGGUCAUAUAUGAACGAGAUCUUCCCUGCC